CUUUUUUGCCGGAAAAAGUGCUGUUGACGUACGUGUGAGCGCAAGCCAGUCGUGGCAGCGUGUGAGCAGACGCCAGUCGCAACCAGUUUUGUGUGCCCCUAGCGCGCGCCCAGCUAUUAGAGCUCUGGACAAGGAGCUAGGUGUGCGACCAGGUCAGCUCGCGCUCCAUUUGCUUGCCUUGCGCUGCCAUGAAGCAACCAAUGAAGCAACCAAUGGACCACCCCUGGCGCAGCGCCGGCGUCGAGACCACCGCGCGCGCCUGGUCCUGGCGCGCCUGCGCCGUCGCGGCGCUGUGGUGCGGUCUCUACGUAGUGGUGCUACUGCCGGCGCUGGUCGUCUACACCGUCGUGUGCACUUUCCUUGACGCCGUCGCCGCGGUCGUCAGCAGGACGCCAGCGCCGGCGCCGCUGCGACGCGACGCGCGCCCGGAGCUCGUGUUCCCCGGCACGUGCACGUGGGUCUUUUGGCAGCUCGGAAUGGUUCAUUACCUGGUCGAGAGAUAUGAUCUGCGCGACGUCCGCGUCGUCGGCACGUCUUCGGGUGCUGUCUCGGCCGCGGCGAUUCUGCUGCUCGAGCAUGGUGAUCCCUCGGCGGCGGAGGUGCGCCGCCGGGCCCAGAAGCUCCACGAAAGGCUGGAUGCCAAGCUGGAGCGCAUCACGGGGCACCCGCUGGCGUACGUCGGGCGCCUCGACGGCGUCAUGGCCGAGCUACUGGACGAGACGCUGCCGCGCGACGAUGCGGCCUAUCGCACGGACCGCAUUCUCAUCGGCCUGCGGCGCUGGACCUGGACGCCGCUGCCUUCUUUGUCUCCCGCCGUGUCGCAAAGAUUCAGCGGGCGGGCGGACUUUGCGCGCGCCGCGCUUGCUUCCGCGAACGCCCCGCCGAUCGCCUCGCUGCGGCCGGCGAUCCGCUACGCCGGCGCCUGGUGCGCGGAUGGCGUCAACGCCUUUUCGCUGUGGUGCGCCGUGCCCUACAUGUGCGCCGUGAUGCGGGGCGCCGCCGUCGCCGCGCCGCGCGAGACGGUGAACGGGGCCGCGGCGCUGCCGUGGAACCACAUCUACGCCUCCUGGAAUUUUCCGGUCCUGGACCACGUGCUACGGCGAACGCGGGGCCGCCGCUACUUCGUGACGCCGACCGCGGGCGGCCACGUGGACCUCAGCCGCCUGCUACUCGUCUCGCGGCGCUGGGUCGCGACGCUCUGGGCCGACGGGUACCGGCACGCGGCGGCGCUCGACGCGGGCGGCUACUUUGCGGGUCUUGCGCCGCGGCGCGCCAUCUAGACUUAUUUAUUAACUAUUUGUGCAUAU